AUGAGUCAAUCGUUGUCUGUUCCUCCGUUUUUCGACGGAAGUAAUUAUGCAUAUUGGAAGGUUAGGAUGCGUGCAUUCCUUAAGUCCUUAGAUGAGCAUGUUUGGAUUAGUGUUCAAAAUGGAUGGAAACCUCCCUCUAUUAUCGUAUCAGGAAACAUUCACCUUACUGACAUAUCUGUGUGGACUAAAGAUGAAUUGGCUGCUUGUAAUUGGAAUAGUAAGGGAAUUCAUGCAUUAUUCAUGGCUCUAUCUCCAGAAGAGUUUAGGAGAGUCUCUAUGUGCGAAACUGCUAAAGAGUCACUUAGGGAUGAGGAAAUUGCAUACUUUGUUAAGAAAUUUCAAAAUGUCCUCAAUAAUAGGAGAAAGCCUCAGGAUAGAAAGAGUGGAGCCCCUAGCAGAUUCACAAAAGAUAAAAUUGAGAAAGUUAACAAUAAAGGGUCAAGUGAGAAGCCACGUUUGGUUAGAUGUCAUGAGUGUCAAGGAAUAGGUCACUAUAGGAAUGAAUGUCCUAGCUAUAAGAAAAAUCAAAGAAAAGGGAAAGGUAAGGCCUUAGUUGUCUCUCUUACUGAUAAUGAAUUUGAGACCAGUGAUAGGCAGGAAUCCUCUAGUAGUGACGAUGAAGGAAAUUAUAUGGCAUUUGUGGCUACUGUGAAGAGUGAAUCUAAUAAGGAAAGUGACAAGGUUGAGGAAGAACAUUCAAACGAUAAUUUAGGUAAUGAGGAUGAGGAUGAGGAUGGCAUAGACUUACAAGAAGCGUAUCAACAGUUGUUUAAGGAGAGUCUUAAAAUAAAGAAGGUCAAUAAAGCCCUGCUUAAAAAGGUUGACGAACUUGAAAGGGAAAAAGAGAAACUGGGUAGUAAGCUUCAGGAGUCACUUAAGAGUGGUAGUGAGUUAAAAUGUGUCAAUGAGAAAUUGGAAGACAAGGUUAAGAGUUUAACUAGUGAAUUGGAGAAAUCUAAUGCUCAUCUUCAGACAUUCAUAAGUGGAACUAAGAAAUUACAUAACCUAUUGGGAAUGAAUAAGCCAGUAGGAGACAAGAGAGGUCUAGGAUAUGUUGAGGGUAAUACAACUAUCGCUGGACCAUCUAAGACUGUCUUCGUGGCUGCCUCUAAGUCUAAUGCUAUUAGGAGUCCAAGUAAGGGUAAGAGUGUUCCUAGGGAACAGAGUCAGCAAUCACAUAGGAACAUCAGGACUAGGUACCCACAGACACGUACCUUUGAGCCUAGGUUCAUUCCCACCUACCACCACUGUGGUGCUCUAGGACACACUAGGCCUAGAUGUUACAAGUUAGGCAAUGAGCGUAUAAGUCAAAACAUUCCUAGUCAAGUUAGCUUUCUGUCUAAUCAGGUGAGUCACUUGACUGAGAUGCUUACUAGGCUAACUAAGAGUACGUUGUCAUCUAAAAAGGUUUGGGUCAAAAAGAGUGAUCGAGGUAGACCUUCAGGUCUAGAAAACUGUUUUGUUGCUCAUGUUGCUUUAAAGGCUCAAAAUUCUAAUAUGUGGUACCUGGAUAGUGCAUGCUCUAGACAUAUGUGUGGUAAUAAAUCUCUGUUUACUACUGUUGAUGAAUGUAAUGGUGGUAUGAAGAGAUGUACCGUAUAUGAUUCAUCCGGUGGGGUAGUCCUUGAAGGGGUUAGGACAUCUGACAAUUGUUAUGGGAUAUUACCUAAUUCUAACUAUAUGUGUAGGAGUGCUAAAAUCGAU